AUGUCACCAGAUAAUAAUACCAUUGCGGCCAAGUCCGUCGGAAAAGAUGAAAGCAGCGGAUUGACAGGCCGGAAAACCACCUCAGCAAAGCCCCAAGAACCGGCUCUAAAGUGCCCUAGAUGUGAUUCACCAAACACCAAGUUCUGCUACUACAACAAUUACAGUCUGACACAGCCAAGGCAUUUCUGCAAAACUUGUAGAAGGUACUGGACUAGAGGAGGAGCCUUGCGCAACGUGCCGAUUGGCGGUGGUUGUCGGAAAAGUAAGAAAAUGAAGGCUUUCAAUUCUAGUAUUUCUGGGGAUUCGAGGGAUUCCAUUGGAUCAUCUGAUAUUGGUGGAUUGAAAUUAUUUCAAGGUAUAUCACCAGCCAUGGAUUUCCAGCUUGGAGGGUUAAAUUUCCCAAGGCUGGACUAUCCAAAUACUGGUCUUUUUAACCAGUUUUCCUCUUUUGGGGAUAUGUCAAGCAAUUCUAUUUCUGCAAUUGCAUCAAACCCUUGUUUCAGUCUUGAUCCUUCAGGAAGCUCUCCUAUGAUGGGGUUCAAUUUUCCUUUAUGUUCGUCACUCAAACAAGGAGAAACCAGUACUCCAAGUCUUCAAGAAAUGGGCGGCAGUUCUUUGAACGUUCACUACAGUCUAGCAACUUCUAUUGAGUCCUUGAGCUCUAUCAACCAAGAUUUGCACUGGAAAUUGCNGCACAGGAAAUUGCAGCAAAAAAGAAUGGCUAUGCUUUUUGUUGAAGAGAAGCAGAAGGAAAACUGUGUCUCAAUUACUGCAAAUCUUGAACCCCAGAAUCAUAAACAAGAGGCCCUUUUGUUUCAGAACCUGGAAAUUGCAAAACAAGAAGCUUCUGGAAUUGGCAAUUCAGCAAAAGAGGGAACAAGUGCAAAUCUAUCAACUGAGUGGUUCUUCGAUAAUUCUUAUGCACCAGUUACUCCAAUCCCACCCAACGGUAAUGGCAGUGCAAAUGAAAACACCAGCAACUGGAAUGGAGUUCAAGCAUCAUGGAGCAAUUGGAAUCAGUACAGUUCACUCCCAUAG